AUAUAAAGUUCCCCAUUCCCUCACCAGUUCCCUGUGAAGCUCGGCACCAGUUUCUGCAUUGUCUUACAGAAUGGCUGGAGAACAUGCCUACUACGAUUUUGAGAACUUCAAUCUUGACAAUGAACAAAAACAGCAACAGGCUAAGCAGAUUCCAGGUAGCCGAUUUAAGUCAGUCUUCUCUGGAAAGUGGUGGAUGCUCCUAAUCUUCAUCCUUCUGUGUGUUAUCCUUAUUCUUCUGAUCACUGGAGUCAUUAGAUGUUCAGAGACCAAUGAGACAGUGGAGGAGUUUCAGUCGCAGGUCCAGAUGCAGGUCUCUCACGCACUGAAUAAUGUUUCAGAUAAAUCAGAACUGAAGGAACUCGAGCUGCGUAUUCGAAAUGAAGUGACACAGUUGGGUCAAAGAGUUUCAGACAAAUCAGACCUGAAGGAACUCGAGCUGCGUAUUCAGGAUCAGGUGACACAGAUGGGUGCAGGAGAGCUUUCAAAGAAGAUUACUAACUUCAUGAAUACUAUAUCCAACAAACUAGAAAUGCUGCCAGAACCUGCAUGUCAGAACCUUCAAUGCGCUCACCACUGGAUACACUUCAAUGGGAGCUGUUACUUCUUUUCAACUAAAAAAGCCUCGUGGACCUCAAGCAAGAUGUACUGUUCACUCCAACAGUCCAACCUUGUUGUCAUUAAUACCAUUGAAGAGCAGCAUUUUGUUACAAUGGAAAGUGACUCCAAAUUAUUCUGGAUUGGCCUGACUGAUCAUGAGAAUGAGGACAAGUGGGAAUGGGUCGAUGGCACAGAUUACAAGACAACACCAAUGUUUUGGGCUCCUCAAGAACCCAACAAUUCUGGGACAGGUGAGGACUGUGCCCACACCAAUGAUCAAGGAAGAUGGAAUGACAAUCAGUGCUCUCAGAAAUUUCUCUACAUCUGUGAGCAAAGAGCCAAAACAGCUUGAAAUCCUGCCACAAAUCUCAAUAACACAAGCGGCAUUUUCUGAAUAGUUGGUUGUUUUCGCAAGUAGAAUAAUUUUCACAAUAUUUUUCUAGUUUAGUGUAAAGUAGGUUUAUGGGGGAUUGCGGUGUCCUGUCUGUGUUUGUGAUUUAAUUAUGUUUUGUAGCCAAGCAGACUGCAAGUUGAAGUUAUCAAAAGGAGUAGGGAAUAGAAGUGUCUUUAAUAUGCUAAUGAGCAAACAUGGUUGGGGUCUUAGCAUGUCAGGAGUGAAGGGAAUUUGCAUUUUUAGAUAGAUGAAGGGGGAUUUGGUUUUCAUCUGUUUAGAAACAGCCAGACAAGCAAGCUGAGGAAUGUGUUUAUUUUUCUCAAGGGCUACUGACAGUUUAGUAGCAACAUGAAAAGAUUUAUAUUAUGAGAAAGGUAAAGUUCCAAAGACAUAUGGAC